GCCACUUCAUAAACUUCAUCAAUAGCUACACCGGCCGAUGUCUGUGUCCGUCCUCCACGUGCGCACCGGAGUGCUGGAGUCAAACACCGGGAGCUUGGUCAGGCGUAAAUCCAUUAACAAGGACAAUGACAGGGAAACACUGGGGAUACGGAAAAGAUGACGGUCCAUCCAUAUGGCACAAAAACUUCCCUGUGGCCGAGGGGGACCGCCAGUCUCCCAUUGACAUCGUCCCUCAGCAGGCUUCCCAUGACUCCAGCCUGGGCCCAGUCGUCCUAAACUACGAUCACUGCACCUCUCUCAACAUCUGCAACAACGGACACUCUGUUGUUGUGGAGUUUGAUGACACUGAUGACCGUUCUGUGAUCCGGGGAGGCCCUCUUGACAACCCUUACAGACUGAAACAGUUCCACUUCCACUGGGGGGGAAAGGGCUGCCACGGCUCUGAGCACACUGUUGCAGGAAAUAGCUAUGCAUCUGAGCUUCAUUUAGUUCACUGGAAUGCCAUCAAGUACAAGUCGUUUGGGGAGGCGGUAACGGCUCCCGAUGGUCUCGCUGUCCUGGGUAUCUUCUUAGAGACAGGGGACGACCACAGAUGGCUCCACACGAUAACAGACGCGCUCUACAUGGUGAAGUAUAAGGCGAGUGUCACAGACUUUAAAGGCUUCAACCCAAAGUGCCUCCUACCCAGCAGUCUCCACUACUGGACCUACCCGGGAUCGCUGACCACGCCCCCCCUGCAUGAGAGUGUCACCUGGAUCGUCCUGAAGGAGCCAAUCACAGUGUCUGAAAAACAGCUAGGCAAGUUUCGAAUGCUCCUGUUCACUGGAGAGGAAGAGGAUCAGAGGAUGCGCAUGGAAAACAACUUCAGGCCUCCCCAGCCUCUCAAAGGCAGGAAAGUCCGCUCCUCCAAUUAAUGUGACCUCAAGAGAUCUGAAGUCACGGAGAAGAACAACAAGAGCUCUUUUAGACAGCAGUGAAUGCAUUAAAUCGAGUGUACUUUUUAUUUUUUACCUCACAGUAGCUUGUCCUGAGGAUGUCUGAUUGUAACUGUACGCUGUCGGCACACUGAGAUGUUUCUCUCUGCAGUCAGAAGCUUCAAUGAUGCAGAGAGAGAGGGUCAGUAUCUGAAUGAUUUAGGGAAUAUUAAAAAGGGAUAUACAUUAUUUAUACUUAAGUUUAUUAAUGCCAUUACGAUGAUUAUCACUGUUACAAGCUACAUAUCAAUGAGCUUGGAUCUGUACUGUAUCAACAAGCGUUUAUAAGGGGUGAAUCUAUGUAACCAUCUGCAGUGAAGUCUGUCGCCGUCUGCAGAUUCACAGCCUCAGCCUCCCUUCCUGAUCCAGACUGAUCCCUCGUUGAUCCGGUCUAUUGCUGGUGGAUUCCCAGUGCUUGUGUCCAUUGAUCCCUUUCAGUCCGACAAUACCAACUGGAGGUGGGAUUGGAUUAGUGCUGCAUUAGCUCUUACUGCUCUCGUCGGCCUUGACAGAGAGCAUGAAAGUCUCAGGUCCUUUUUAGUGCUCAACAGACACGAGAGUGAUUUAUUAUUUCUGGCUUGCCGUCACAGUUGAACAAAAACUUGUGGUCACAAUUCUGUCUCAUGUUGGACUUUCUAAACUCUAGUAGCCCUUGCUUGAGUCUAGUGAAACCAAUAUUUCACAUAGCUGCAUACUGCCUCAAGUGUCACAUUUCUUUGAUGGUGUUAUUUCAUGCAGAAGGUAAAGCACAAUGUUAAUAACAUUCACCUCUGAAUCUGCACUUCUGAGAAAAACAGCCACAUAUGCAAACACCUUACAGAGGCCCCAUUGUUUCACAUGAGGGAGUUAUGGCAAAUUUAUGCAAUGUUAAUCCUUUCUCUAGACUUGGAUUUCACUAAUUCAAAGGAAUGGCAGCUCCAAAGUUCCCUUUCAACAAACCGUACAUGCGAUGAGUGGCACUCAUGAUUGUUUUAUGCUGUUGAUGUGAAAAAAAACACAGAAAAAAAUGAAAUUUACAGCUGGUUUGAAUAUUUUUGUAAUGCAUUCAAAAUCAUGUUUGCUGACUAAAAUAAAACUCUGAAUGACCUUGA